AUGGUGAUUAACAGUGAAAAUGCCACCUCAGCGAUCCACCGCCUAGAACCGCCCUGGCCUCCCCGACCAGCUCCUCCCGGCUUCUGCCUUCCUAGCAGCCCUGCUUGGAAAGUUGCUCCAACCCCCGCAGGGUGUGGCCGACUGUUUUCCUCCAGUCGAGGUCUUGCCUGGCUUCACCUGUGCAGGGGCGGGGAAAGGGUAGCGACGGGCGGCCCGGGGAGCCAAUCCGGAGGGGCCGCCCUCUCACCUGCGCGCUGCGCUGCGCUGCCGCCUCGCCUGGCUCAGUCGUCUCAAGGAGACCAAACGGGCCGGACGGGGCAGGAGAUGGCGGAGGCUGCGCAGCGGGGCUCUCGAUGCUGGCUCUGGGUGUUGCUCUGCGCCGGAUCCUGGUCCUUGAUGUUAUGCCAAAACACAGAAACAAAGGAAGUUGCUGAGAAUCAGUUUGUGGGCCUGCCGUGUACCUCAAGUUGUAGAAGUGGACAGGGUACACCAUCACGCCUGGAAUGGGAGAUUCCAGGGAUCCGUACCACAGACUUCGUACCACGUGACAAGCUGACAGCUUUGACCCACUUCCAGUCCGGCUUCCGUGCUGGGUAUGGGACGAGACGGUUCUCGCCAGCUGUCACAGAUAAUGCCUCCGUUAUGCACCUCUUGACCGAAGUUCCACCCUCCAAGCCUCUGGCGCAAGUGCCCUCCUCGGUAACCAUCGGCAACAGAGCAGUCCUGACUUGCGUGGAGACAGACGGCUCCCCGCCGCCCACCUUCAAGUGGUUCAAGAAUGACAUGGUCAUGCCCGAGGACCCCAAAACCAACACCCUCUUCAAGAACUCCUCCUACACACUUGACCCCAAGUCGGGGGUGCUGAUAUUUGAACCUGCGACUUCCUUUUAUGCGGGUGACUACUCUUGUUAGGCUUUUAACAAACAUCGUGGGACUCCUCUAAGUUUGUCAGAAGUUGCACGCUUGGAGCCCAGUGAGGUCAACGUCGGUGGUAUCGUAGCAGCCGUAGUGGUGCUUCUUAUUGUCUUUGGGCUAGCAGCCUUCGGCAUCUGGUUCGCCUACAGCCGGGGGUACUUCAGUAAAGGAAGAGACAGUGGCAGCAAGAAGGUCAUUUACAGUCAGCCCUCCACCCGGAGCGAUGGAGAAUUUAAACAGACGUCAUCUUUCCUGGUCUGAUCUUUGCCCCGGUGCUGUCUUGAGGCGCGUAUUAAGUCCAACCUCCAUAACCACUUGUAAAUGUUCUUUUAAGAAUCCUUGUAAUUAAGUGUGAUUUUUAACCUUUUUUUAAAAACAUGUAAGAGUACUGUCACAAUUUCUCUCCCCCCCCCCCUUUCCCCCUUAAUUUAAAGGACUGCCUUAGAGAGGUUAUUAUUUUUUAAUGCAGUUCAUAAUCUUGUUUGGGGCCCAGAAUGUCCAGACCGCCAAAGCUGCUAAAUAAUAGCCCUGCCAAGUACUCAUUUGGCAGGGAGGGGCAGUUAAUGGCAGUUCGUGGUCCUGAAUGGGUUAGAAGAGGAUUGUGGUUUGAGACGUCUCUUCUUACUGGAAAGCAGCCUGUGGAACUGCUGUGUUGGUAGAAGAUGAAAGGCUCACAAUUGUACAGGCUCAUUCUGCAAAGGACAACCUGCAGUCAUAUGAGAAAGGUCCGCUCAACAUUAUUUUGGCUGUCAGAAAAUUCCUCCCUCUCCAGUGCAGAGUUCAGUGAAAUAGUGGCAUGCUGAACUCUGAUCAUGGUGUAAAGUUUCAGAGCCAAGAAGCAAAAAAAAUUUAUGAGGUCCUUUUACAGCUUGAAAUUGCUACCGGUUUGCCUUUUAUAAAUAUUGUUUGACAUUCAUGUGUAAUUUUAUCUGCUGACGAAUUGGAAAUAAAGUUGGUUUUGUUUUGUUUUUCA